UUCUACCAUUUCAUUCGUCAUCAGUUUUCAGGUGAUAUUCUGAAUAGAUGUUCUUGAAGCAAAUAUGGAGCACAAAAGAAGAGUGACUAACUGUAACGGGAACAACAACAGAGUGAUUAUUGACUAAGAUUGACUAAGAUUGUGGGGUGUCGUGAGUGAGUUACUUACUGCGAGGAAACAUAUUUGCGAGAGCAGUGAGGGGUGUGUAAAAAUAAGUCAAGAUAUCGUCUAUCACAGUAUUUUAAAGAUAACGGAAAGUCCUUUAUAACUCACCAGUUGCAGUGGUCUCGAAAAUCAUAUGGUCAGAAUCUGUGAAGCCUCAAAACUCAGGCUCAGCUGCACUCACAGACAUUUACAUCAAUAUUUAUCUCAUUUUGAGUGUUGAGAAUCACAUAUUCUAAUUUGUAUAAACCAAUUAGAAGUUCAAAGCAGUAUCAGUAUCAGUAUAAAUCAGGAGGUGAACAGAAAAACAGUUCUCAACUCCCUUCAGUACCUACCUAUCUCUGAAGAGGACAGCCUGGUGUCACUGGCUGUGACUACAUUUGGCACAGCUGGACAGUCAUGUCCACUCCAGCUCGGAGGCGUCUGAUGCGGGACUUCAAAAGACUCCAGGAGGACCCGCCUCAGGGCGUCAGCGCCGCCCCCACCGACAACAACAUCAUGAUCUGGAACGCCGUCAUCUUCGGGCCGCACGACACACCAUUCGAGGACGGCACAUUCAAGCUCAUCAUGGAGUUCACUGAGGAGUACCCCAACAAGCCGCCUCUGGUGCGCUUCAUGUCCAAGAUGUUCCAUCCGAACGUGUACGCGGACGGUGGCAUCUGCCUGGACAUUCUGCAGAACCGCUGGAGUCCCACCUACGAUGUGUCCGCCAUCCUCACAUCCAUACAGUCGCUGCUGGACGAGCCGAACCCCAACUCGCCAGCCAACUCGCUGGCCGCGCAGCUCUACCAGGAGAACCGGCGAGAGUACGAGAAGCGCGUGGCCGCCAUCGUCGAGCAGUCGUGGCUCAACUUCGCCGAGGACGACGACGGUGACGCCGAGCCGGAGCCGGCUGCGUAACGCUCCCGGCGCCUAGGUCCGGCCGUCGCGGCGGCGGCGGCGGCGUCCUGAGCGGGCCGCCGAGCCGCUGACAGUGGCUGAGAGGCUCCGAGCGCCGCCCCGGCCGAGUUGGCCCGCUCCAUGACGCCGGGACGCCGCUGCCGGCGCCCCAGGGAGACGCCAAUGGGGCCGCCGCCGCCGUAGGUCCGUUGAGGGGACUCGCGCUGGGGUCGGAUGGGAGAUGUGGCUGAGGUCUGAGGCGCCCACCGUGGCGGAUCGACAGCGAAUCCUCUGGCGCACGGUGGUGGUUAGCGUGUGGCCUGCCAUCUAUCGGUCGGCCCUGUAACCAUCGGCCGGCGCCGUGAGCGCGGCGUGUGGCGACCCUGCCUGCAGCGACCGUCCCCUCCCCGCCCGCCGCAGGUGAUUGUUGUGUGUGCUUGCGUCAAAGGUCGGCGGCAGAAGCCGGUCUAACUUACGUUUUCUGCUGGGUGGUCUGACACCCACACUGUAUAGGACAGGAGAGCGCCGAGAAUGGCACACGACUGAUGACAGGAACGCUGCUAUCGCGAUGUCUUUAAAUCGGGAAUACAAGUCGGAGAAAUGUGCGCGUUUGGCGGGAUGGGCAGCAUACCUACGCGGUGAUUGUGUGUGUGUCGGUGUGUUUGCUUUGGCGGGGAAGGAAGAACGCGCAACCUAGAGAAGCACAAGGUGUAAUCAAUAUAAACGUUGUGUGGCUUUUUGUUCGUAAGUCUUCUUUUUUUUGCUGGUCUGAUGGAAACUGCGAAAGAGCUGUCAUUUAGUGCGCUGACUAUUUAUCGUUAUCUACAGUACUAAUGACUUGGCCGUUUUAUGAAUUUAUGCUGUUAGCUGCAGAAAUAAAUGCCACAAAAGCGA